UUGAUUUUCGGGAGGAGCGCCGAGCUGUUUUGACUUUGGGCAGCUGAGUUGGGAUCAAGGACAUCGGAUUAUCUUGGAGAAACUUUUUUAUCCUCCACUGUUUUUGUCCUUUCUUCAAUUUGCCAGCUCUUCUCGCCAGGAAAAAUGAUUGCUUAGAACACUUUACUUAUUUUUCCACCCUUGCAAAAUGUUUCAACUCGUAAAUAGCAAAUUCGUGCACAAAAAUUGCGCAUCAAAAAUCAGCAGACACCUGUUGGCCAGAAAUUACCAAACUCACAACGGCGUCUAUGGGUAUAAACCGCGCCCGAAACGAGAAUUCCAAAUUGCCCAUGAAGUCUUAGCAGCUCGGAACAGUCAGCCGAAUUUUUUUCGACUUGUCUCUGCCUUUCGAGAGCACGCUCACAAACAGGCGUCAAUCAACCCUAUUUCUCUGAGCCCAAUCAGACCUUUGAAAGAACUAGAACUGGAGAGAUUCGGUCUUUUCAACAACGAUGUUGUUAAAACUCCAGGAAUUCUGCAUGGUCCAGCCAAUGAGUGCACAGUUGCAGAAGCAAUCCACUUUCUGGAGCACGUCUACUGCAACUCAAUUUCAGCUGAAUUCAGUUACUUAGAAAAUGAAGAGGAGCGAGAAUGGUUUGCUGAAGAAAUGGAGGAGACUGUCCCAAUGGACAUUCCCUUAGAAGCUAAAAGAGCCAUUGCUGAAGAAAUGAUCAAGUCGCAGGCUUUUGACCGCUUCAUGGCAAGCAAAUUCGCCACUGUUAAACGGUAUGGGGCUGAAGGAGCAGAGGCGAUGGUUGGAUUUUUCCAAGAACUCUUCUUCUUGUCUGCAAGAGAUGAAAUCAAGCAAAUCGUUUUGUGCAUGCCCCAUCGUGGACGACUGAAUUUACUCACGGGAAUGUUCAACUUUCCUCCUGCUGCUCUAUUCAGGAAACUGAAGGGCCAAUUCGAAUUUCCUGAUUCUGCUCAAGCAACUGGAGAUGUGAUCAGCCAUUUAACUUCUACAACCGACUUGGACAUUAUGGGCCAAAAACUUCACCUCACCAUGUUGUUCUGCCCUUCUCAUCUAGAGGCUGUAAACCCUGUGGCCAUGGGUAAAACCAGAGCACGUCAGCAGACAGUUGGCGAUGGAGGCUACUCGAAGGAAAACACUAGAGACUGGAGCGAUCUUGUGUUGAACGUCCAAGUUCACGGAGAUGCUGCUUUUGCUGGUCAGGGAAUUAAUCAAGAAACCCUGAACAUGACAAUGUUGCCUCAUUUCGAAGUGGGAGGCACCGUUCACUUGGUGGUCAACAACCAGGUUGGCUUCACCACCCCUAGUGACAGAGGCAGGUCAUCCAGGUAUUGCUGUGACCUAGCCAAAAUGAUUCAAGCACCUGUGAUCCACGUCAAUGGAAAUGAUCCAGAGAUGGUAUUUAAAGCAACACAGAUGGCUUUCCGGUACCAGCGUCAGUUCCGCAAAGACGUGUUUGUUGAUAUGAACUGUUUCCGACGAUGGGGUCACAAUGAGGUAGACGACCCCAGCUUCACAAAUCCUGCCUUGUACAAAAUCAUUGAUCAGCAAAGAUCUGUGCCCGACUUGUAUGUCGAAAAGCUGGAAAAAGUUGGUGUUUUGAAUCCAGGAGAGGCAACUGAAAUUAGCCAAAAACAUUACGACUGGUUGAACAGCCAACUGAAAAUUUCCGAUGAUUAUCAGCCAGAGGCAACCUAUCUCAAUGGACCUUGGUCGACAGUUUCUCAAGCAGAUGCUGCUAUCACUACAUGGGACACUGGAGUUUCAAAUGACCUCUUAAAAUUUGUAGGUCAGAAAUCUGUCUCACUCCCAGAGGACUUUGCCAUUCAUCCGCAUUUGCUGAAAACCCAUGUGCACAGUCGAAUUCGUAAACUUACGGAGGGCAAAGACAUUGACUGGGCUACUGCUGAAGCCAUGGCUUUUGGCUCUCUCCUGUACGAUGGGUAUGACGUCCGAAUUUGUGGUCAGGACGUGGGCCGCGGUACCUUUGCUCAGCGUCACGCAAUGCUCAUUGAUCAAGAAACAAAUGACACAUACAUUCCACUGAAUGAUCUUUCCCCGGAGCAAAAAGGCCACCUAGAAGUGGCAAACAGCAUUUUGUCCGAAGAGGCUGUCUUAGGGUUCGAGUAUGGCAUGAGCAUCGAGAGUCCUAAAAGACUGGCAAUUUGGGAAGCUCAGUUUGGAGAUUUUUUCAAUGGUGCUCAAAUCCAAAUUGACACCUUCAUAGCCAGCGGAGAAACCAAAUGGGUCAUGUGCAGUGGUUUGGUGAUGUUGCUACCCCACGGCUAUGAUGGAGCUGGACCCGAACAUAGCUCUUGUCGACUGGAGCGCUUUUUGCAACUUUCCGACUCGAGCGAAGUGAAGCCCGAUGGCGACAAUGUUAACAUGCACAUUGUCAACCCUACAACCCCUGCUCAAUACUUCCAUCUGUUACGGCGACAGAUGCUUCGAAAUUUCCGAAAGCCUCUCAUCGUAGCUGCACCUAAAACGCUUCUCAGACUGUCUGCUGCAACUUCCACCUUGGAUGAAAUGGGCCCUGGAACUUGUUUUAAACCUGUUAUUGGUGAUAACGAUGUUAAAGGAAACAAUGUGAGCAAGGUUAUGUUUGCAAGCGGAAAGCAUUACUACAAUUUGGUUUCCCAACGAGAUACUCUGGACCGCAAAGAUGUUGCCAUCGUUCGACUGGAGUGUUUGUGCCCUUUCCCAACUCUUGAAUUGAACAAAGAGUUGGAAAAAUACCCUAAGGCAAAAUCAUUUGUCUGGAGUCAGGAGGAGCCGAGGAAUCAAGGGGCUUGGAAUUUUGUGUAUCCUCGUUUCUACAAUCUUGUUGGGAGAAAAUUGACAUACAGUGGAAGACCAACAUUGGCUGCCCCAGCUGUUGGUUACGGAAAAGCUCACAAAUUGCAAGCUGAAGACGUCAUUGCGUCUCCAUUUGCACCAUAAGAAGGGAUUUAAAUUCCACUACUUAUGUUUUAAUAUUUUGUAUAUUUUUAACUAUUUGUAUAUUUUUGGCCCCCAUUAUAUUGUAAUGGUGUAUUAAUCAUGUAUCACCAUGAGCCUGCGUGCCAUUUAAAAAUUUUAUAUUGCGGAAAAUUUCUAUUGCUACAUAUUUUUAUAAUAAAUAUAAUACUGCAUUUUCACAAAACGU